AUGCAGGCUCAUGCACUGAAGCUGCGGCAUACAGGGCGCUAUAUUUCGCCUUGUCGCCUUGCUCGGUUGAAAGCACGCAACCUCGCUCCUCUCCAUUCUUCAUGCCGUGAUUCAACCAGCAUCUGUGACGAGGAUGAGGUCGAAGAAGAUCCACCUGAGCUACCACCAAUUCUCAUGCUGCAGGGACACCUCUAUGCACGUCGGUUGAUAACACGGACUCUGCCACUGAGGAUCCUCGGUGGGCCAUCGACUAGGCAUCUCACUCGAUACAAGGGAGCGCGACCCAUGGCUUCGUCAGGGAAACAGUUUGAAGGUGUCUCGCUGGAUGAGCUGCCAAAAUCAUGGAAUUUCACAGCUUCACUUCCUCCGGACCCAAUCUUCCCAACUCCAGCAGCCUCACACAAAACCCCCCGAGAUCAAAUUGGGCCUCGCCAGGUCCGCGAUGCUCUCUUUACAUGGGUGCGGCCAAGUGAACAGAAAGAUCCCGAGCUGCUAGGUGUGAGCUCUGCGGCAUUGAAAGAUCUCGGCAUCAAAGCAGGUGAAGAGAAAACCGAAGAUUUCCGGCAAUUUGUAGCUGGCAACAAGCUCUAUGGCUGGGAUGAGACAAAGCUGGAGGGCGGAUACCCUUGGGCGCAGUGCUACGGAGGCUUUCAAUUUGGACAGUGGGCAGGCCAGCUUGGAGACGGAAGGGCCAUUUCUCUUUUCGAGACAACUAAUCCGGAGUCUAACAUACGAUAUGAGCUACAGCUGAAAGGCGCUGGCUUAACGCCGUACUCUCGAUUCGCAGAUGGAAAAGCAGUACUGAGAUCUAGCCUGCGAGAGUUUGUCGUUUCCGAAGCACUCAACGCACUCAAGAUACCCACCACCAGAGCCCUAUCUCUUACUCUACUUCCUCACUCUAAAGUAUUGAGAGAGGCCAUGGAGCCGGGGGCAAUUGUACUCCGGUUCGCUCAGUCGUGGUUGCGACUGGGAACGUUUGAUCUUCUACGCGCAAGGGGAGAUCGCGAUCUCGUUAGGAAGCUUGCAACAUAUAUCGCGGAAGAUGUUUUCGGUGGAUGGGAAAAGCUCCCAGGACGACUAGAGUCUCCUGAUGAACCAACCAAAUCACCAUCCCCUAAGCGUGGGGUACCAGCUUCCGAAGUCGAGGGACCAAGCGACGCCGCAGAGAAUAGAUUCCAGCGGUUAUACCGGGAGAUUAUUAGGCGUAACGCGGUGACUGUAGCUCAUUGGCAAGCAUAUGGAUUCAUGAAUGGCGUUUUGAACACAGAUAAUACAUCGGUAUACGGCCUAUCGAUGGACUACGGGCCUUUCGCAUUCAUGGACACCUUUGACCCAGCGUAUACACCAAACCACGAUGAUCACAUGCUGCGGUAUAAUUAUAAAAACCAGCCGACCAUUAUCUGGUGGAACCUAGUGAGGCUUGGCGAGACUCUUGGAGAACUUACCGGCAUUGGCCCUCAAGUUGACGAUGAGACUUUUAUUACCAAAGGCAUCAGACAAGAGCAAGAGAAAGAACUGGUUGAGAGAGCAGAAACCCUAAUUUCACAAGCUGGAGAAGAGUACAAAGCUGUGUUCUUGAAUGAAUACAAACGAUUAAUGACAGCGAGACUCGGUCUGCGUCACUUCAAAGAGACGGAUUUUGAUGAGCUCUUUAGCGAAGGGCUUGAUACUAUGGAAGCUUUAGAGUUGGAUUUCAAUCACUUUUUCCGCCGUUUGAGUACCAUUAAGUUGGCGGACAUUACGACUCAAGACGGUCGCAAACAAAAGGCUGCCAUUUUCUUCCACAAAGAAGGCCCACCUGAAGUUGUUGGAGAAGAGACUGCAAAGGAAAAGAUUGCCGAAUGGCUCGAGAAGUGGCGCGUGCGUGUCUUGGAAGACUGGGGAGAAGAGUCUUCCGAAGUCUUAUCCGAAGAGACAGAUGCUAAAAGAAGACAAGCUAUGAAGCAAGUCAACCCCAAUUUCGUUCCUCGAGGCUGGAUCUUGGAUGAAGUUAUACGGCGCGUUGAGAAAGAAGGCGAUCGGCAGGUCUUGGAUCGCAUCACGCACAUGGCACUACAUCCGUUUGAAGAUUCAUGGGAUGGAGCUGUAGUCGACGGCGUUGAAUAUAAAGGCGAUGCCGAAGAAGAACAAAGGCGGGCCGCCGCUGCCUCGAGGGCAUUCGCGACAACGCCCAGACGGUCUGCCGAGGUGGAGCUCACCAUUGAUGGAAAGAAGGUCUCGAUCGAAGCCGGGUCGGCUCUGAUUCAGGCCUGCGAAAAGGCCGGAGUUACAGUCCCUAGAUACUGCUACCACGAAAAACUAAUGAUUGCCGGUAACUGCCGUAUGUGCUUGGUCGAGGUUGAGCGGGCACCCAAGCCUGUAGCCUCAUGCGCCUGGCCAGUGCAGCCUGGUAUGGUUGUCAAGACCAAUUCACCUCUUACACACAAGGCCCGCGAGGGUGUCAUGGAGUUUCUGCUGGCCAACCACCCCCUCGAUUGCCCCAUCUGCGACCAAGGUGGUGAAUGUGAUCUUCAGGAUCAAUCCAUGCGAUAUGGUGCCGACCGAGGACGAUUCCACGAGAUUGGAGGCAAGCGAGCUGUCGAGGACAAGAACAUUGGACCCCUGAUCAAGACCUCGAUGAACCGAUGCAUUCAGUGCACCCGAUGUGUCCGAUUCGCCAACGAUAUCGCUGGUGCCCCCGAACUUGGUUCAACUGGCCGUGGUAACGACCUGCAGAUUGGCACCUACCUUGAGAAGAACCUGGAUACUGAGCUCUCUGGAAACAUCAUCGACCUCUGCCCUGUUGGUGCCCUGACCUCCAAGCCAUAUGCUUUCCGAGCUCGUCCUUGGGAACUGAAGCACACCGAGUCCAUCGAUGUUCUCGACGGCCUGGGAUCAAAUAUCCGUGUCGACUCUCGCGGCCUGGAAGUUAUGCGUGUUAUUCCCCGACUCAACGACGAUGUCAACGAGGAAUGGAUCAACGACAAGACUCGAUUCGCCUGCGACGGCCUCAAGACCCAGCGACUUACCGUGCCCCUGAUCCGAAGAGAAGGAAAGUUCGAGACUGCUGACUGGGAGGAGGCUUUGACCGUCAUUUCCAAGGCCUAUCAGCAGACUAGCCCCAAGGCCAACGAGUUCAAGAUCAUUGCUGGUGCGCUUACUGAAGUAGAGUCUCUCGUCGUGGCCAAGGAUAUGGCCAACAAGCUCGGAUCCGAGAACCUCGCCCUCGAUACCCCCACCGGCAGCCAGCCCAUUGCUCACGGCGUUGAUGUGCGAUCAAACUACCUCUUCAACUCCAAGAUCUGGGGCAUUGAGGACGCUGACUGCAUUCUCAUCGUCGGAAGCAACCCUCGCCACGAGGCCGCCGUCCUAAACGCUCGUAUCCGCAAGCAGUGGAUGCGCUCCGAUCUUGAGAUUGGUGUUGUUGGUGAGACCUGGGAUUCCACUUUCGAGUUUGAGCACCUGGGUGCCGACCACGCUGCCUUGAAGAAGGCUCUGGCUGGCCCCUUUGGCAAGAAGCUCCAGGGCGCCAAGAAGCCCAUGAUCAUUGUUGGAUCUGGUGUCACCGACCACGUCGACGCCAAGGCUUUCUACGAGACCGUUGGUACCUUUGUUGACCAGAACGCUGCCAACUUCAGAACCGCUGAGUGGGAUGGCUACAAUGUUCUCCAGAGAGAAGCCUCAAGGGCUGGUGCCUUUGAGGUUGGCUUUGUCACUCCCUCCGCCGAAGUUGCCCAGACCAAGCCCAAGUUUGUCUGGCUCCUCGGUGCCGACGAGAUCAACGAGGCGGACAUCCCCAAGGACGCCUUUGUUGUCUACCAGGGCCACCACGGUGACCGCGGUGCUCAGAUUGCUGACAUUGUUCUGCCUGGCGCCGCUUACACCGAGAAGGCUGGUACUUACAUCAACACUGAGGGUCGUGUCCAGAUGACCCGUGCCGCUACCUCACUGCCUGGUGCCGCCCGAACUGACUGGAAGAUUCUCCGAGCAGCCUCCGAGUUCCUCGGUGCUCCUCUGCCUUACGACGAUGUCGCGGCUGUGCGUGACCGCAUGGUCGAGAUCAGCCCUGCGCUGGCUGCCUACGAUGUCGUUGAGCCAGUUUCCCUGAAGCAGCUGAGCAAGGUUCAGCUGGUGGAGCAGAACAAGGGUGCCAAAGCCAGCAACUCUCCUUUGAAGAAGGUUAUCGACAACUUCUACUUCACAGACGUCAUCUCCAGAAGCUCACCGACAAUGGCUCGUUGCUCAGCGGCCAAGAUCACUGGCGACCCCAGGACGAACUUUAUGGCUCCUGGAAUGGAGGAGGACAGACCCAUGGGUCAGGUUGCGUACGGAGCUUAA